GAUUAGGUUCCGCUUGUAAACAAGGGGCUGCUAGAGUUGGGAAUGUGAAGAAAUUUAAAGCAAGUCAUGAUGUUAGGAAAACACAAUAUUGCAGCUCAAAGCUAAGUUCUAAGUCCCCACAGAAAGCAAGCCAAACAUCAAAACUUCGAAAAGAAACUUCUGCUACAUGUGAAAAAGAGGCGCACGAUACUAAUCUGCUCGGUGAAAAGAUCGAAACCUCACAGUCACAAGGAAGUGAUAGCGAGGAAGCCUCUUCCGAGGGGUUAACUACUAGCUCACCUGUAAGUACGACAGUGAGCACUUUAACCGAGCCAGAUCUAGAAAAGAUAGCUAUGGAGUAUCAUAUAGACACUAAUAGGUACCAUCUUUCUCUUCCUAAAUCAUCGGAGAGAGCAAACUCGAAUUUCUCAUGUAAACGCACAUUUUGUGUCUAUGCUGAUGCCUUUAAGGCCGGACUUCGUCUUCCUCUUCAUCCUCUAAUUUCGGAGAUCCUCAAUGUGUUCGGCAUUGCUCCUUCUCAGAUACAUCCAAACUCAUGGAGGGCACUGACUUGUUUUAUUUCCUUUUGUUAUUAUCGAAAAAUAACUCCUACGGUGAACAUCUUUCGUGCAAUCUACUGUCUCAAAGAGCACACUGGGGAGAACACGGGAUGGUGGUUCUUCAGUGCUCGGAUUGGGUUAAAGUUGUUCGAGGGAUUUCCGCGUUCCAUCAAGGGAUGGAGGAAAAGGUUUUUAAUAAUUAAAACAUCUGAGAGAGACAUCUUACGAGUUAACACGAAUUGGGGUCCUCCCAAAAGUGCUGCGAAUCAUUUUCCAACACUUUCGGCUAAGGAGGUCAAAUCAUUGGAUGAUCUCGUCGAUGCAGCGAGAAACAAUCCACCUGAAAUUGGAGUUUUGUUGUCAGAAGAGACCUUGAUUCAAGCUGGAAUCAGUUCAACCUCACUAAAAUCGAAGGGGUCUGAGGGUGGGAUGCAGCAGCAUCAUAGCUUGUCUCGAUCUGGGCUAGUAAAGGCCUUAAAGAGAAAAAGAGCUGCGACAGAGUCUGGAAAAAGCUAUUUUUCUGGUUUUCCUUGUCAAGAACCGAUCUUAAUAGAUGUCAAUCAGGAGGAUAUGCCCGAGACGAAGAGUUCAAAGGAAUCACUGCAACCUACAGAACAAUUAGGCUUAUUGCAGCCUGUUGAGCUAAAAAAUCAGCUGCAAGAGAUCACCCCUCCCAUGACCUCCGCUCCUCUAGAUAUUCCUCGUGAAGUCCUUCCCCAACAAGCCUCCCCGGAGUCUAAUGUCCGGCACAUUGCAGGAGCGUCAGCUGCCACAGUUAACUCAAUUUACUUUGAUACUGCCACAAAUGAACUUCCCCCUUCAAAUGCUGAAGUGAUGCGGACAGGAUCCGUUGAGUACACCAUGGAGCAAUCGGUUUUCACUCAUCCUGCUCUUGCAAGGGAGCUAAUCAGUCGAAUGGUUAUUCCCCACGACUGUAAUUCCGUGGUUCAGAAGGAUACUUUGGUCAUGGCUCAGGAGCUUAUGUGCCAAGCAAUGGAGAAUGCCACCUGGAAAAUUGGGGUGUCUCAAAAGUUGACGACGAUGCACAACAUGAUCAACGAGUUGAGGGAAGAAAAUAAUGCACUAAAAAGAGAGCUAGAAUCACAGAAGAUGGUAGCGGCUGAGUUCGAGUCGGCCAGAAAAACGACAGUGGAGCUUCAAAGUUUGACCGAGGAGCAGACUCAGAGGUUUGAGAAGGAGGUCAAAGGGCUCGAGAUCAGGCUAAAGAAGACUGAGGAAAGGGCUUGGACAUGGGAGGAUAAGUUCACUAAGCUCCAGAGGAGGCUGAAACAGGCCGAGGACCGGGCAGCAUCUGCCGAAAGGAAGGUCAUCCUGGCUGAAGGAAAAUUGUGCCAGUCUGUAACGACAAAGUCAAAGAUUGCCGAGGAGACACUGAAGAACUUCAAGUCUUCACAGGAAUUCCGGCGUGAAAUCGAGGAUUAUAACGCAGAAGCCUACAACAUGGGGUUAAACGGUGCCAUCGAGAAGAUCAAGAAGAAGUUUCCCGAUCUAGACCUGUCGAUGAUCGAUUUUUAUUCCGAGGAUUAAUGGGGAGCCUAUCUAGCUGCAGCAUAUUUUCCAGGUUAAAUCUUCGUAAACAUAAUCCUCUAGUCCUGAUCUGUAUGUAAAUGAAGAACUUUUCUAUGUCAUUGGAAGCCAUUAAUCCUAGUUCCAUACUCUAA